AUUUAGACACAACUUUUGAAACAACGUAUGUGUUUUUGUUACGAAAGCUAAAGUCAAAGGCAAAAUAAGUAAACCGUUAAAUAUUUCUUGAAAUUUUAAAAUUUGUUAAAUAUUUCCUUGAAGUUUGGAAAUAGGCAAACACCCUCCUGAAAUUAUAAAAAAUCAAACAAAUUACCUCUAACGUGGACUCUAACUAGUAGUGUCCGGAGACAAUUUGAUUCACUUUUUAUAAUUUAACUUCUGAAAAUGAAAAUAACAACCUUUGGAUAAGUUUUGUGAGCAUGCAGUCAGCAACAACACCACCCUUCUCCCAAGUCUUGACCUUCCGACCAAAGCUUGAAACUUUCCAACCAAAAACUCCGACCCUUUUCAGCUAUCCUACAAUGGGUUCAGUUUCUAAGUUCGGAACAAAAAUAAAACCACUAUUAGCCUUGAGUAAUUCUUCUUCAUCAUCAUCAUCAGCAAUAACAACAAGUGAUGAUGGGUUUGUUACAUUGAUUGAGUAUUUGGGUAAGGGAGGAGGAAUUGGUGUGAAUGAUGAUUUGGUGGUUUUGAUUGAUCACAUACAGUAUGCUUGUAAGAGAAUUGCAGCUCUUGUUGCUUCUCCUUUCAAUUAUAGUAUUGGGAAACAAACGGAUGUUCCAGCUAGUGGUUCUGAUAGGGAUGCUCCAAAGCCUCUUGAUAUUCUCACGAAUGAGAUUAUCUUGUCAUCACUUCAAAAAUCUGGAAAAGUGGCUGUCAUGGCUUCUGAAGAAAAUGAUGCACCAACUUGGAUAAGUGACGAUGGUCCAUAUGUGGUCGUGACAGAUCCCCUAGAUGGUUCACGAAAUAUCGAUGCAUCCAUUCCAACUGGUACAAUUUUCGGUAUCUAUAAGCGCCUUGAGGAGCUAGAUGAUCUACCAACAGAGGAGAAGGCUUUACUGAAUUCACUUCAAAGUGGAAAUAGGCUGAUAGCUUCUGGUUAUGUUCUCUAUUCAUCUGCAACUAUACUCUGCAUUACCUUCGGCUCUGGAACACAUGCAUUCACUCUCGACCGCUCAACAGGAGACUUCAUUCUCACAAAUCCAAGCAUUAAAAUUCCUCCCCGCGGGCAAAUAUAUUCUGUGAAUGAUGCAAGAUAUUUCGAUUGGCCCGAAGGUUUAAGGAAAUAUAUAGAUACUGUGAGACAAGGAAAAGGCAGGUACCCUAAGAAGUACUCUGCAAGGUAUAUAUGUUCUCUAGUGGCUGAUCUCCACCGAACUUUGUUGUAUGGGGGUGUGGCGAUGAAUCCGAGGGACCACCUUCGUCUUGUCUAUGAAGCAAACCCUCUUAGUUUCAUUGUGGAGCAAGCUGGUGGAAGAGGGUCUGAUGGAAAAAGUAGGAUUCUUUCCCUUCAACCAGUUAAACUGCACCAAAGACUUCCUCUCUUUUUAGGGAGUUUGGAAGAUAUAGAAGAGUUGGAAAGUUAUGGAGAUGUACAACAAAAAGUAAAUCCUGGUUAUGAGGUUUGAUGCUAUAGCAUUGAAAUUUUGAGUGUUCAACCUUCAUGUUUCCUAACUAUUUUUGUUCUUUAUAUAUCUUUUGUAAACAUCAUUUGUGUUAAUAUAUACUUUGCACUUUAUUUUUCUUUUUCAUGGUUGUAAACACAUAAAUGGAAUCCUCUCUCACUUUCUUCUCUUCACUUAUUGUUAAAGUUUUAUGGUGAUUUGAGUAGGAAUG